CCCCCAAUACCCCAGCGCGACCCAUCCCAUAUUCCCCACAUGCACAUCGACCUCAAUCGCCAUUGGGGAUGCAAUCCUUGGACGUGGGGGACGUGGUAUAUCACCUGAGAUUCAAUAUCGGACCCCAUCUCAUAGCAGGGGAGGACCCGUAACGGAAUCCCAACUAUGACGGCGACGACAACAGCCAGAAUAGUGACGACAACAACGGGAGUGCAGGGGGGACUUGAAACACGAAGGAGAGCCGUGUUAGAGGGUGGAGUACGGCUGUGGCCCUUAAUUAGCACCAUCUCCGCGUAUCUGACAUCGGGGAACUCGAUUCUAAAGUUCGUUUUCCCCGCAGACUUCGGCAUCACCAACGACAAUGACGACAACGACGCCCCAUCUCCAUCCCCGCCGCAUUCCACACUCUCCAGCGGUCGUACAGCUGUCAUCCAUCAUACAUCCCCAUUUUCGACAUCAUGGAAUACAAUAGCAGUCUCCGUUUUCCGUACGUAUGCUGCAGCCCAAAUCUGCACCCCGUACUCUGUAUCUGUGACGGGUGUUACCACGCUCGCACAACCCUACGAGUUCAUAUUAAUGCCAAAAUCGCCGCAUGUCUUCGCUUCGCAUUUUCUAGUCGGUCGACCUAUUCACAAGCAGAUUGAUAAACCCGAUAUAGACGAGAUUAGGCGCGUUCAGUCCCUGUACAUCGAUGAGCUGGCACGACUCUGGGAUAUGUACAAGAAUGACUCGCCAAAGCACGAAAACGAACUCAACAUCUUCGAGUGA